AUGUCAUUAUUUUUCAAAGUACCCCUGGAUAUAGAGGUCAGGUUGGAUGGAGAGGACUCCAGAGAAACCGUAGAGGUAAAGUCUGCCAAAGGCCGGAAAGAAAAACUGCCAGUCUACAAAGAUGGAGAAACUGUCAAGGGCCAAGUGUCCGUCAGACUAAAGGACAACAAGCGAGUGGAACAUCUGGGAAUCAAGGUUCAGUUGCUAGGGUCUAUAGAAACCAAAGUUGAUGGUAUCAAAAAUGAUGAAUUUCUUUCAAUGGCUCACGAGCUGGCCAGUCCAGGUGAUUUGCGACACCCAGAAACAUAUCAUUUCGAAUUUCGUAACGUGGAAAAACAAUAUGAGUCCUACAGAGGGAAAAACGUCAGGCUGCGGUACUAUAUCAAGGUUACCCUGGGCCGCAAGUCCGCAGAUGUUAUUAGAGAAAGAGAGUUGUGGGUUUUCCAAAAGAAUCAAUUGCCAUUGGGAGCCACCAAGCCAGAUGCCAGCAUCAAGAUGGAUGUUGGUAUUGAAGACUGUUUACACAUUGAAUUCGAAUACUCACGGAAUAGAUUCUCGUUGAAGGAUGUGAUUGUGGGACGGAUAUAUUUCCUGCUGGUACGUUUAAAGAUCAAGCAUAUGGAACUGUCAUUGAUCAGGAGAGAGUCCUGUGGGGCACCCCCAAAUCAGGUUAAUGACAGUGAAACACUGGUGCGAUUCGAAAUCAUGGAUGGUGCACCAGUGAGAGGUGAAACGAUUCCAAUUAGAUUGUUUUUGGGAGGAUUUGAUUUGACUCCAACAUACAGGGAUGUUAAUAAGAAAUUCUCCACGAGAACCUUCCUGAGUUUAGUUCUGAUCGACGAGGAUGCCAGGCGGUAUUUCAAGCAAAGCGAGAUCUUUUUAUAUAGAGAAUGA